GUUAUGUCCCCGUUGUGUUUGGCCCUCGGCUCCCGGUGUGGGCGUGGCCUCACGGUCAAGCCCCGCCCCACACCCAAUGGCGGUAGACCUCGUCACUCACGGUGGCUCCGCCCCCUCGAGACCACGCCCCAUCCGCAUUGAUUGGCUGGGGCUGCGGAAGCCCCGCCUCCCCUCCCGGAAGCCCCGCCCCCGCCAUGCGCCAGGUCCCGGCCGGGUCGCGCCGCCCGCGGGCCACGGGUUCGAGUCCCGGUCCGGUCCCGGGGCCGCUCCCGGGGCCGGGCCCGUUCCGGGGGCUCCUCCCGCGGUCCCCCCGCCCGGCCCGGCCGCUGCUGCCGCUGCUGCUGGCGCUGCUGGCGGCCGCCGCCGUGCUGUUCCUCGCCUGGCCCGGCGGGGAGCGCGGAGCGACCGGCCCGGACCCCCCCGGCCCCCCCUCGGACCAUGCCCUGCGGACCCUCCUGUCUGAGCUGGACCCUGCCCGGUUUUGGGGGUCCCUCCUGCGCCCCCUCCUCCACGAGAGGGUCCCGGGGGGKCCCGGCAGCCGCGCGGCCCGGCAGCACAUCCUGUCCCACCUGCGCUCCCUGGGGGCCGGGUGGCACCUGGAGCUGGACACCUUCGCCGCGACCACGCCCCGGGGCCAGGUGACCUUCAGCAGCGUGGUGGCCACGGUGGCCCCGGUGGCCGCGCGGCGCCUGGCGCUGGCCUGUCACUACGACACCAAGGUGGUGGCCACGGGGCCCUUCGUGGGUGCCACCGACGCCGCCGUGCCCUGCGCCCUCCUGCUGGAGCUGGCCAGCGCCCUGGACACGGGGGCUCAGCCGGGGUGUCCCCCCCGUGUCCACCGGGGUCCUGCUGCCAAAAACAGCUGUGAGAACCCCGAAAUCCCUGCCUGA